AUGCUCGCCGACGCGAUUACGAUUACCAAACGUAAACGACAUGAUAUAACGCACUGUUCUCCUCUUGCUGCAGUUUCUGUAACACAAGGAUGUGCUUGCCGACAUCGACUAUCCAUCAUCCGAGCCCGCAAUGCCCCGCGCAUUUCCACCCGUAGAGCAAGAUGUUAAACCCAAGCGAUCCAAUGUGCCAAAGAGCACACUAUCAGCCUCGUUGAUCGAGACUGUAGCAGGAUUUAGCGCAGGGGUUGUCUCCUGUCUCGCAGCGCACCCACUCGAUCUACUGAAGAAUCGUCUUCAGCUCAACACCACGACUAGGUCUCGACCAGGCGACUCGUUGAGGAUCUUACGAAAUGUUAUCAAGGAUGAAGGGGGCGUGAAGGCACUGUAUAGGGGGCUGUGGCCGAAUAUGCUGGGCAAUAGUUUGGGUUGGGGCCUAUACUUUCUUUUCUAUGGGAAUUUAAAAGAAAUUUUCCAGAGUAGGAGGCAGAAGGGCGAGCACAUUGGCAGCGCCGAGUUCUUCUCGGCAAGUAUCAUCGCUGGACUUUUGACUGGCGCUUGCACAAACCCCAUCUGGGUAGUCAAAACCCGCAUGCUCGAGCGUGGCUCAAACCACCCUUCGGCAUACAAAUCAAUGACAUUUGGCCUGCGCCACGUGUACGAAACGCGUGGAUUGAAGGGCCUCUGGGCGGGUUUCUUGCCCUCGUCUCUGGGUGUUCUGCAUGGCGCAGUGCAGUUCAGCAUCUACGAGAACAUGAAGAAGAGAAGGGGUACACACAUUGGUGGUCAGGACAACUUAAGCAACUGGGAAUACAUGUAUAUGAGUGGUGGAAGUAAACUCCUUGCUGGUGCGAUCACGUACCCAUAUCAGCCCAUAAGGGCAAGGCUGCAACAGUACAAUGCCGCACAGCAGUAUAAUGGAGUACUGGAUGUGCUGAGGAAGACUUACAAGAACGAGGGCCUCCUCGCAUUUUAUAAGGGAGUUAUCCCUAACACGGUUCGGGUCAUCCCAACUACAGUGGUUACUUUCUUGGUCUACGAGAACACGAAACUAUAUCUGCCAAAACUCUUUUCGGAUGAAGAGCAAUACAGCCAUGACGAAGAUUAGAUACAAGUGGUAAAAUACGAAGACUUCUCUGUACGA